AUGUGUGGCGUAUUUAAUCAUGGUCAAUAUUCAAUGGUUGAAUUUCAUGAAACAAUCAAACGGAAAACAUACUACACAAUUAUCAGUGUUCUAAUUAUUCUAACUAUAUUUAGUUUACUACAAAGACAUUAUUUUCAGAAGUAUGAUAAUGUAAGUGAAAUAUUGAAAAUGUAUUCAUCAUUUCAUGAAUUAAAAAGGGAUUUAAUUAAUGGGAAACUAAAGCUGAACACUGAAAAGAUUAAAGAAAUUGUUAUUUAUGGGAAAACCACUGUACCGAUCAAUACACAACUUCGAGGUUGUCUAGUAUCGAACUGUGUCAUUCAUGCAACAAAAUGGCGUUCGUAUUAUGCUGAAAUGGUUAUUAUUACAAAUGGUAACUUUCCAAAUGUUCAAAAUCGUAAAAAUCAAGUCUGGUUGGCAUAUCACUAUGAAGCACCUCCACACAGUCGUUUAAAUAAACUAUUAGGUGAGAAAAUUAAUUUCACUGCUACAUAUAGACAUGAUUCAACAAUACAUUUACCAUAUGGUAAAAUCAUAGAAAUUUUUAAAUUUGAUCAAAAUGUAAAAUAUAUGAAGAGUAAAUCACGAAAUAUAUCUGCAGCGAAGACUAAAACUGUAGCAUGGAUUGUAAGUAAUUGUCGGCCGAAUAGUCCAAGAAAUUUAUACGUCUAUGAAUUAUCGAAACAUAUCACUGUUGAUGUAUAUGGUGGAUGCAGUCAAAGGAAAUGCCAGGAUUUAGAUUGUUAUAAAAUGUUAAAAGAACACUACAAAUUCUAUCUAAGUUUUGAAAAUUCCCUUUGUCAAGAUUACAUAACAGAAAAAUUUUUUCGAAACUCUCUGAUGAAUGAUGUUAUACCAGUUGUAAUGGGUGCAUCAAUUGAAGAAUAUCAAAAAGUAUCACCACCAAAUUCUUUUAUACAUGUGGAUCAAUUUUCUAGUCCAAAAAAAUUAGCUGAAUAUUUACAUUAUUUAGAUAGCAAUCAUACAGCAUUUAAUGAAUAUUUCAUAUGGCAAAAUGAAUGGAAAGUAGUAUUAUUUCCUGAACGACCUGAAUGCGAUUUUUGUUUAUUGGCUAAUGCUUUGCCUAGUCUUAAACCAUCUUGGUAUACUGAUAUUAAUUCAUGGUUUAAUGAUGGUUGUCGAGGAAGAAAACUGAAAUGGAAAGGAAGUUCCAAAGAUUUUUCUGCAGAUGUUUGGUUUUCCAAUUUAAAGCAAAAAACCCGGUCGAAUAGUUAA